UGAAAUUGACACGGAAAUUUUUAAAUGUCUAAAAACGUAGCGAAUCAAUUGGUGUGCAAGUAUGGUUUUGGUCGUAUGGUAAACUGCAGAAGAGUUAAUGGAUUGGCUGAUACUCGAAUUUUAAACACAAAUUACCAUCAUUUGAUAUGGGGUGGACAGAGUACGAGUUUUUUGGUGAAUUACCGUGACUUUAGCACUCGACAGCCAUUGUCCUCAGCAACGUCGUCAGUUCUUCCAAAAAUCAACGCUCUGCUCAACGACACCAAAAGAUUUACUCCAGUCUCAACGAAUAUUAUUAGCGGUGGCAAAUCACUGUUCCGACGCCAAUGGGAUGCAUUCUUCAAUUGGUACGAUGAAAUUUCACACACAAACGAAGUACGUGAAGCUCAUAAGCAAGUCGAAGAACUGCAAGACAAACUGAGCCAGGCCCAAAAUUUGCGGCGUGAUGUUUCCAAGGAGCUUAGUGACAUUCGAUAUGAAUUGCAAACGUGCUAUGCCGAUCAAGCCAAUUGCCCUAAAGGCGAUCCCAGAUUUUUGGAGCUCAUUCGCAGAGAAAUUGAAAUUUCCAACAAAGAAAAGCAAAAAAAUGAGGAAUUCAGUUUGCUGGACAAAGCCGAAAGAGAUUUGUUCAUAUUGAUGCAGUCAGCUGUGAAAACGUCACAUGAAAAGGAGAAAAUUCAUACGAAUUCGGCAAAAUAUUGGUCAAUUGUUGGAUCAUUAGCAGGUGCUCUUCUCGGAAUUUGUGGUACUGCUUUUAGUUUUUAUAAUCGAAAUGAUCUGUUGUCCGACAUAAAUAAAGAGUUUGUUGUGAUUCGAGCCGAUACAAAGUCAAUCAGCGAACAGGUGCAAUUGCUUGUUAAUGAGCAGCGAGAAUUUCUACAAGGCCAGCAGCAACGCGACAGGGAACAACUCGAAAAUGAAGCUCGAACAAAUGUUGCUGCGUCAAAAAGUCAACAAGCAAUUAGUCAAAGCAGUGAAUCGUGGAUCCAUUGGAUCGCACGUACAACUUAUGUGAUUAGUAUCUAUAGAUAUUUUGUACCUAAAACGGUGGAAUAAAACCAAAAAUUUCGUUUUCUCAUAAAUGAUAAAUUGCAUUUAUUUGGAUUUUGGAUUCAAUUUUUUUGUUAUCUGUUAUAAAAUUGUUAAAGUUGAAAAAAAUUCAAAAUAAUUUAAUUCAAUUUAUUAUGAAUCUCGGAGAAAAUGAGAAGAAAUGGAAUUAUUCUUGGGAAAAACACAUUCUAUUGUAUUCUUUUGACUAGAAUAUUGGAAUUAACACCGAAAUACAUUAAGAUUUGAUGAAACCGAAAUGAAAUUUUGUCGUUGAUGACCAAAACUUUGUUGUUUCAAUGAAAAAAAAAAUAAUAGAAAUUAUAGAAUAAAUGAAAAAAUCACAGAAAUAAUAGAAACUCGUCACAAAUAUUAAUUUUCAAACAAAAGCUAUCCGUCGAAAGGUAAUUUGAAUGCUGCUACAAUUUGAUUCAUCAAUCAAUUACUUUUGAGGUGUAAAAUUAGUUGCAAAAUUAUCCAAAAAAAAAAAAAUAUAAAACCAAUGAAACCGAUCUAUCUAAGCCGCAUACUUGUCACUGUUGUAAUUUAAACCGCAAACGAAACCGUUGCUAGCUGCCAUUCGACGGAUUAUAGUAUUAAACACACCUGAAAAUUUGCUCACCUCGUCAACAAUGUGCACAGGUCAACAGCAAAUUCUAAGAUGUGAGCAAUAAUAUAGGGAAGUGUCUCUCGCGCUUUGGUCACGUAACGGCAAACCC